AUGGUAUCUAGUAGCAAAGGAUACAUGAAGUCUGACUGCUUCAGUUUUCAUCACAAUUUCCGUCCUCACCUGCGCAUCAGCAACCGCUCACAGGCCGAGGGCGUUCCUGCCCAAGAGAGAGCGCCCGUUCCUCCCGAGGCAGAGGCGCCUCUUGAAGGGAAGCAGCAGCAGCGGCGUCGUCAGGCGGCGGCGCUGAUAAGGAAUCUAAUUUGCAUAGGCCUGUCCCUUCGCCGGCUGUUCGCCCGUCACUCUGAGACAAUUAUGACAGGCGCCAUUAUUGACUCCGGAGUCAGCAUCGUUGCUGUUGGAUGUAUCGGCGCGCAGUACAAGCCCCCUUCCGCGUCUCCCCGCGCCACCCCUGCCGCCCCCACCGCCCCCUGCCACCCCCUGCCACCAUGCCCCCUCGACCUGUACUACUGCAUCACCUCGCCCUUUAGCCGCUCCGUCCUCCUCACGUCUCGAGCCCUAGGAGUCGAGCUCAACCUCAAGGAAGUGGACAUCUGGCAGGGCGAGCAGUUCAAGCCCGAGUACCUGGCGCUCAACCCCGAGCACACGGUUCCCACGCUCGUCGACGGAGACCUCGUUCUGUGGGAGAGCCGCGCCAUCUGUACUUACCUCGUGACCAAAUUCGCUGGCGAUGACAGUGCCCUCUAUCCGCGAGACGCAGUAACACGCGCCAGGAUAGACAGUCUUCUGUAUUUCGAUAUCGCUACGUUCUUCCCUCGAUUUAGGGCAUUCAUGCAUUCCCAGCUGGGCGGCAAGCGCGACUCCACCUACGACGAGAAAAAGGAAAAAUUCCACGAGUCCUUGAACUGGCUCGAAAAAUUCCUUUCUCGAGGUCCCUUCGCCGCCGCCACUGACCGGAUCACCGUGGCGGACCUGGUGCUCGUUCCAUCGGUGACUUCGGUAAUCGAGGCGGGAUUCGUUCCCGACAAACACACGAGGAUUUACGAAUGGGUGAAGAGGUGUCAGGAGGGAAUGGUCGGAUACGAGGAAGCGAACGGCCAGGGAGCUCAGCUGCUCGGGAAACGCCUCCGGGGAAUGAUCAGCAGUCCGCCACAGGCCAGUGGAAAGCAAGCGCAAUAGCUGAGCUUUCGUAUGUACUUAGAUAAAAGUGUAGAAAGGCAGGCAAUAAAGCUGAACUGUACUUGGGUAAAAAUACAGAUAGGCAGGCAAUAUUGCUGAGCUUUUGUGUGUACUUAGAUAAAAGUAUAGAUAUGCAGGCAAUCUAUCUGAACUUUCGUUUAUAAAAAAAGUAUAUAUAGACAAGCAAUAUAGCUGAUCUUCCGUAUGUACUUAUAUAAAAUAUGUACUAAUCCAAAAUGUGUGGAUUACUUGAAUGAGUAUUUUUUUCAUAAUCCUUUCCUUGCAUUCUAAAUUUCUCUGAGAAGUUCUGUACUGUGUAAAUAAAUUACCAAUGUUCAUUCUUGUACAUGGAAAUAAGUCAUGUUUUAUGUAAUCCAACAGCUCUCACGUAUGCAAAAUAAAAGAAACG